AUUCUUAUAUGCUGGUCAGAUUAAACAGAUGGCAGCCAGUUCAACUUUUUGGAUAUUGUUCUUUGGGCUUUUCGUAAGUGCCUCUUGUCUACCCACGGACCAGCAUGCUACGAACGAGACCCGUAUUCUCUACAGGAAUCUUUUGAUGAUGGCCAGAAAUCCAAACGUCUUCAUGUUUGGUCAUGCCAGCGACACAUGGACCGGUUCAUCUGGUGGCCACGCCCCUUAUGCCAUCAUUACAAAUACGAGUAAUCAAGGUUGGAAAUAUACAGUUGAACAGGCAAUGACAGAUUCCCCUGAUGAGUUGUCCGACGUGAAGAGCGUGACUGGGCAGUACGCAGCAGUCAUUGACUUCGGGAUGUGGCAGCUGAGUCAUGACCGAAAAAUAAUUCUGUCCCAUCUUAUCAAGACCGCCCACAAGCGUGGUGUGAUUGCAACUCUGAGCCAGCAUCUGUAUAACCCCAUCACAGGGGGAAGACCGUGGGUGGAAGAGGACAAUGGUACUGUCCUCCAUACCGUCAGGCGUCUCUUACCAGGAGGAGAUACCAAUUGGAAGUUCCAGAAGAAUCUCGACACGAUCGCCGAUCUCGCUCAUAACCUGACGGACGACCAGGGGAAGCUUAUACCUGUUCUCUACAGACCUCUUCACGAGCUUAAUGGAGACUGGUUUUGGUGGGGAUUGGGAAAUAAGGUUCAAAACACAGAAGAUGACCUGAAAUCAUUUUAUCGAUACAUAGUUACGUAUCUACGUGAUCAUAAGAAUGUUCACAACUUCCUGUAUGUUUACAGCCCGGACAAGUUCACGGACAAAACAGAUUAUCUCAAGGUGUACCCUGGUGAUGAUUAUGUUGACGUUAUAGCCACGGAUUUCUACUACAAGACGCCAGCAGAUAAGUCAAGUGACUUUCAUACGGCAGUCAAGCAGAUAGUGGAGAUAGCCGAAUCCAGAAAUAAAAUAGUUGCAGUGUCAGAGGCUGGAAUUUUUGAUAACGCCAUUGAUAAGCAGACUAAUUUCUGGAACGAAAAGAUCCUUGAUGCCAUACAGAAUGACCCCAUCACUCGACGUAUUGCAUAUAUCCUGACAUGGGCAAAUCAGUGCAACAACAAUGACUGUUCCGUGUGGGUGCCUUAUAAAGGCCACCCUGCUGAAAAUGACUUCAGACAAAACUUCUUUAAUAACCCCAUGACCCUGUUUGGAAGUGACAUCCCAAACAUGUACAAAUGAAAUAUAUGCUUAUAUAAUUGGCGUAUGGAAAGGGUGUUGUGUGGUAGAGCGUUUUCAUGUUCCCAUUGUCUUAUUCAAAUAAAUAGACUUGUUUAGAAUUGAA